UCCCGCAGCUUGGCAGAGGGAGUGGUGGUUAUGAUAUGCCCGGUGCUUCUCGCACUGGCUCUCAACUUAGUUGACCUCAAUGGCGAGGUGUACGGACAUGGUGUCCCUAUACCGUUGAUCACCAUGGCAGGCUUUACUUUGAUAACUGGCAUCUGCCCCUUGCUCGCAUGCUGCUUCUUUGAGCGAUUCUUCGGCCUGGGCGUAAGUCCUAUCCCCGUGACCACGAGUUUGGCAACCCUUUCGUCUUGUUGCCUCGUCGUCCUCGCCUGCUUGAUUGCACAGUUCAUUGUCUCCAAAUCCAUUUUUGUCACUGUUGGAGUCAUCUGUGGAAUCUUGGUCUUGGUUCGGACCGUCUGCUACUACGUGCACGACACACGGAAUGACGAUGGUCGGGAAUACACAACGGACAUGCACAGUGUACUGGAUGAAUCACAUGAGUUCUUGACCAGUGUCACUGGAAUUCUUUUUCUGGGGUUCGAAGGUCUGGCCCUCAAUGGUCACGGUCAGACGGGUCGCAAGGGCGAGGAAUUAGUGGGCUACAUCAGUUUCAUCGUCUGCACUUUUGGAGUGUGCUUAAUGUUCCUCGAGAUGACCCCACCUCCAUGUUUUGCGGUACAUAGGCAUGGUAGCCAAGAAGAAAGAAGUGAGGGAGAGCAACAAAUUGUGUGUUUGACUCUCGUCCUAGAUUGCAUCAUGGCGGUUGGUAUCUUUGUACUAUUGUUGGUCGUCAUGCUUAAGCUCACACCGCUUGAGUUUGCCUUGUGGGUCUUGCUGCCUCCGGCUGUAAGCUUCGGUCAACUUCCGGUCCUGGUUGCAUUGAAGGGAAACACACAAGAUGAACAAGAAUCAAGGCCGGCGUCGCUGGAACUGACAAAGGCCACAUUCACUGGAUUCUUGGCCGUGUCGGUAACAGCCAUAAGCAAUGCUUCACCCAGCAAGUUGACCAGAUUUUUUCUACUAUUAUCUUCCAUGGCUAUUGGGUUUGGUCUCUCAUGGAGGCUCCUAUCUCAGAUUAACAUAAAGAGUGGUCUCGCCAGUUGUGUUUCAUCUGCACAUGUUGCUUCCGCUGCCAAGCUUGCUUCCUUCUGCGCUCAUUUAUGCAUUGUAAUCGCUACAGUUCUAUUCGUAGUAAUGGCUGGUAAAGCAAGUGGGAAAUGA